CUCAUUUAAGUUACGAUUCCACAAGUGCACCAGUGUAGCCACACCAAACUACGUUAGGAAAUCGCUUCCCUUUGUAAGGCCUUGCCUGGCUGAAUUAAUUGAACAUGUUACAAAAUAAAAUGACACAAUUGUCAUACAUUAUAAAACCAUAAUUUCCUUCUGCUUAAGUUUGAUUCCACAAUUCCGUCUGUAUUCGUCGAAAUUACUACUUUUGCGAGCGGUAGGCUGGGUGUUUCCCAGUGAGGAAUGCGCCCCUUAAGGCGGUGAAGUGUAUGUUAGUUAAUGUUACUUUUUUAUUGCCAAACUAUUUAUUUUGGGAUAUUUUAACAAUGCCGAAUUACGUGUAGGUAGAAGUUACAUUAAAUCACGUUGAGUAUAUUUUCAUGAGUCAUGUAUUGUUACCAAAAAAAACAAGGUAAUCUUAAAUCAACAGAUUUUUGAAGGGAGUACGUCAUUGCUCGGCGGGAGGGGGUGCUGAAGACUGUAGUCUACUCGUCCGUCCCCCAGGAGGCUCUGCUUCCCCGGCCCCCUUUGUUCCGUCUCGCCUGCGUGGGUCGAGUCUACCCCACCAGAGCCACGCACUGUGCGGAAAAAAAAACCCAACAGGAGGCCGGAAAAAAGACACCUCCGAUGAGGUAAUGCAAAGACGGGAGGAACCCAUCGGGAAGAUAGGAGGACAAAAGAAAAGUUGGAUCUGGUGCGUUUGAUGUCGUGGGGAAUAAGUCGGAUUUUUGGUGGACACUUAACUAAAACGCCAGCCACGGACGAUUAACGGGGUUUUUGGUCCAUGCGCGGUCUUGAACGCAACUGGGAAGCUACGUGCUAAAGCGGCACCGGUCCGUCACUUUGCCGGAUCCACGCGGACUCUCCCUUUUUCUUAGCCCCCAGCAUCCAUAUUCGCAUCCCAGGGAGUGGCAGGCUGAUAAUCCUCCCUUUCCUUGGACGGAAUAAUCGCACACCGGUUCGGACGCUUCAAUCAAAACAUGAAGACAGGAAGCUCCCCCCUCCUCCUACUCCUUAUCCUCCUGGCCUAGGGCCUGACCCACAAGCCUUCACCACGUCUCAGGCCGCGGGCCGCCUCCCCCUGAGACUUUUCACCAUGAACAUGCUCAAGUCAACUGGGCUGAAAAUCCCCGGUCGUGGGCCCAAGCAUUCCAGCCCGAUGGGAAGGACGUCAGCGGGUGGAACAUCCAGCUCCCCGGUUCCCCCUAAAGACAAUGCUUCACUCAAGCCUAGUACGCCGCCCAAAGCCUCCGAGGAGGGCGACGACGUCCUGGGGGACUACACGGUGGGCGAGCAGGUCUGGGUGAACGGCAUCAAACCCGGAGUCAUCGCCUACCUCGGGGAAACCCAGUUCGCCCCGGGCCAGUGGGCCGGAGUCAUCCUCAACGACCUCGUUGGCAAAAACGACGGCUCAGUCGGGGGCGUGCGCUACUUUGAAUGCCAGGCCCUCCAAGGCAUCUUCACGCGGCCCUCCAAGCUCACCCGACAGCUGGCGGCGGAAGGAAGCGACAGCCACUCCACAGAGUCGCUCUCUGCGCACAAUCUGCAAGGAGGUGGCGCCUCCUCUGGCCAGCGGGUGGUGGUGGUGCCGCUCAGAGAGGGGCUGCUCAACAGUGCGGUGAAGACUGGAAACGAAUCUGGCUCCAAUAUGUCUGACAGUGGUUCCGUGAAGAAAGGUGGCGAUAAGGACCUACGGGUGGGAGACCGAGUUUUGGUAGGCGGCUCCAAGAUGGGCGUCAUUCGCUACAUGGGGGAGACGGACUUCGCCAAGGGGGAAUGGUGUGGUGUGGAGCUGGACGAGCCCUUGGGCAAGAACGAUGGUGCUGUGGCUGGUACCAGAUAUUUCCAGUGUCUGCAUAAGUUCGGCCUGUUCGCUCCGAUCCACAAAGUGAUCCGCAUCGGCUUCCCCUCCACCAGUCCGGCCAAGGCCAAGAAGAGCAAGAGGGUGGCCAUGGGGGUGUCGUCUCUGGCCCACAGCCCCAGCAGCUCGUCCAUCAGCUCCGUCAGCUCGGUGGCCUCGUCGGUGGGCGGGCGGCCGAGCAGAACCGGACUGUUGACGGAGACGUCGUCGCGCUACGCCAGGAAGAUCUCGGGCACCACCGCCUUGCAGGAGGCGCUGAAGGAGAAGCAGCAGCACAUCGAGCAGCUGCUGGCCGAGCGCGACUUGGAGCGAGCCGACAUGGCCAAGGCCACCAGUCACAUCUGCGAGGUGGAGAAGGAGAUGAGCAUCCUCAAGUCGCAGCACAUGCAGUAUGUCACGGAGAACGAGGGCGCCCUCCAGCAAGUCAAAGCCGUGUUGGCCAGCACGCAGAAAGCUAAAAUGGAACUAGCCAAUCAGCUGGAAGAAGAGAAAAGGAAAGUGGAGGAUCUUCAGUUUAGAGUGGAGGAGGAAUCCAUCACCAAAGGAGACCUGGAGGGAAGAUGCGGGUUGGAUGCGGCAUCCUUAAGGUUGGGUAAGAGAAACAAGCAAACCACGGUGGAGGAGCAGAGUCGCAUCGUGCAGCUGGAGCAGGAGCUGAGCCGCGCCAGAGCCGAGGUCAAGAGCCUGCGGGUCCAGCCGCGACCCCAGCAAGAAGCAGGCGUCACUCUCCUCCCGCUGGAUGGAGAGAACGGCGAGCUUAAGGAUGGAGAGGCGGCGCUAGCGGCCAGCCAGCUAGAGAUGGAGAAGCUGAAGGCGGUGGUGGACAAACGGAACCGGGAGAUUGGCGAGCUCAGGCUAAAGGUCCAACAGGCCACCAAGGAAAACAUGGACAUGAUGGACACCUGGAAGGCUAAGUUUGACUCGUUAGUGAGCGACCAUCAGCAAUCUCUGGAGGAGCUGAAAGCCUCCUUCGCUAGUAACCACGCAACGCCACCCGGCCAAGAACCGGGCGUCCAAGAACUGAGGGCCAGUCUUGAGGGCCUGAAGUUAGAGCACCAGCUGGAGGUGGAGAACCUCAAGGCAAAGUACAAGAUAGAAGGCGCCAUCCUGACUAAAGAACGCGAGGACCUCUGCGCUCGGCUUCAAGAGGCUAAAGGUCAGCUGGCUGAGAGCAUCCCCAGCUACAGGACGGACGAGGGCGGCAAGGAAGCCGUAGAAAAGCUACAGAGGGCGCAGAAGAGGCUGACGGAGAUGGAGACUCUUCAGAGGGAGCAGGACAGAAGCACACAGGAGCUGAGAGAGAGACUGGAGCUGUCCGAAAAGAAGAUGUCGGACUACCAGGCCUUGAGGAACGCCCAGAGCGAGAGCCAGGAGGAGAUCCGGAAACUGGAGGAGAACCUGAGGGUGACGGCCAACCAGCUGCAGGCCGUCCAAGCUGACCGCUACUCAUCCCACGAUGCAAAUAUGAUCCAGCCUAACGACCUUUCCGAUGAGAAGAUGAAGCUGAAGCAGAAUAUGGAAGAAACCAUGGAGAAGUUGCUGAAACGGGAAAAAGAAGUUUCCACUCUCACCUCACAGCUAGAAGUCUUCAAGUCACAAAUGGGAGUUCUGGAGAGCAGAGUCCGUACGGGGGAAAAGAGAGCCGAAGCCCUGGCUAAAGAGAAGGCACGCGUGGAGGCGGAGCUGGAGUCCAUGACCAGGAAGUCCCAUGAUGCUUCAGGGCAGCUGCUUAGCAUCAGCCAGGAUCUACUUAAGAAAGAGAGGAGCCUGAACGAGUUGAGGGUUUUGCUUCUGGAGUCGCGUCGUCACUCGCGGGAAAUGGACAGAGACCUGAACCGGGAGGUGCGCAAGGCCGAGUGGAGGGUGAAGGAGCAAAAACUGCAGGAUGACAUCAAGACGCUGCGGGAUAAACUGCUGCUGCUGGGCCGCGAGAGAUUCUCCCCCGACCAUCGCCGACACUCCAUGCUGGACCCCUCGGCCCUGGACUCGGAGGUCAGUCGUCUCCGGCAGCAGUUGCUGAGCACCGAGGAGGCCCUGAGAACCGCUCUGGAGCACAACCAGCAAGUGGACCAGCUGGUGCAGGCCAUGGGCAAGCAUCCAGACAAAAGCCCGAUUCAUGGAGGCAUGUCAGCCAAUGGAAUCCACCAUCAGGAGCCCAACAACACUCAAGAUGAGCAGCAGCGCUGAUACAAGCUAAGGCGGACGCCAUCCAACUCCGACAUGCUAGGAGGACGUUCAAACCAAAACUGCAAGCACCUAUUAUCAAGUCACAAGGACCAAUUAAAGUACUGUAAUAUAAAUGAGGACACGUGGACUCGGAGAGAUAUUAUCAUCAUCAUCAUCAUUGACCUGAGACGUUUCACAGUAGCAGGAAUGUCUUCUGAGUUGCAAGAGAGACAAUUUCAACAACGAUGACGAGAACAACCACAGACUGAGGCACUUUUUUGUUGUCUUAUUUAUUAUUUUGACUUUCUUUUUGUUGCUCCUCAGCUUUGAAGUAAUCAACCCGAGUCAAGACUCUCCUAAGACUCUGGGAACUGCGCUUGACGAACGAUCGAUGUCCCCAACGGUGUGUCGUGCACAACAUUGGUAAGUCGUGAAGGAUAACGAGUAUUAUUGGAGACAUUAAAGUAAUACGUCAAACUAAAUGUGUUCUUUGAAAUGGUAACAUUCUACUUACUGGAGAAAUGAGCCUACAUAAAAAGAUUGUUGUUGUUAGGUUUGCAGUACGGAAUAAACCACCAUGCCUCCUGAAAUAAA